GACAUGUACACUGAUCAUCAGGGCACUGAUGAUCAGUGUGCCCUGAUGAUCAGUGUAGCCCCAGCAGUGCCACCUGUCAGUGCCAAUCAAUGCCAGCUGUCAUUGCUCAUCAGUGCCACAUAUUCAGUGCCUAUCAGUGCCUCAUCAAUGCCACAUAUCAGUGCCUACCAGUGCACAUCAAUGCCACAUAUCAGUGCCCCCUAUCAGUGCCAGUCAGUGCUGCCUAUCAGUGCCAGUCAGUGCAACCUAUUAGUGCGCAUCAGUGUCGCCUAUCAGUGCUCGUCAGUGCUGCCUAUCAGUGCC